CUAAUCCACCUCAACUAUACAUUUAUAUAGGAGCCGAGAAUGAAUGAAUCCAAAAUAAAAAAUCACAACUCAUCUGCACAGCAACACAUCCUCCACACCAAAACAAUACUCACUCGCAUCUUAAACAAGACUUCCAUCAUCUAGUUAAGACAGCACAGAAACCCACACAAAACCCAAACAACAGCAAUGUCGAAAGCAAUUCUCAUCACUGGUGCCACUGGCAAGCAAGGUGGCUCGACCAUCAAUGCUUUGCUCAAAGCGAACGCCGACUUCGACAUCAUUGCGCUUACUCGUAAUGCCCAAUCAGCAUCCGCACAGAAGCUCAAGGCAAAGUCGACACGGAUCAAGAUCAUCACUGGAAACCUUGACGACGUCGAGGAUGUUUUCACAAAAGCCAAGCAAGCUGCCAAUGCCCCGAUCUGGGGCGUCUUCAGUGUACAGCUCGCAAUGGGAGAUGGUGCAACUGUUGUAACGGAAGAGGCGCAGGGCAAGGCUUUGAUCGACGCAGCUAUCAAGCACGGCGUCACGCACUUCGUAUACUCAUCCGUGGACCGAGGUGCCAACACAGACAGCGAUCCAACAAAUGUCCCGCAUUUCGCCAGCAAGCACCGGAUCGAGCAGCAUCUCUUCCAGUCGGCAGAGGGAAAGAUGAGCUGGACCGUUCUUCGCCCUGUUGCCUUUUACGAGAACCUGAUUCCCGGAUUCUUCGGCAAGAUUUUCACCACAAGCUGGAUCAUGCACAUCAAGAAAAACCAGAAACUGCAGCUUAUCGCGACCAGCGACAUUGGGUUCUUCGCUGCUGAAGCUUUCCUGAAGCCGGAGGAGUUCAAGAACCAGAAGCUCUCGAUCGCAGGUGAUGAGCUGACAUACGAUGAGUUCAAGGCCAUCUUCAAGCAGAAGACAGGCCAGCAAUUGCCCACUACCUUCAGGUUCCUCGCUGCUGGUGUUCAUAUGAUGGUCAAGGACCUGGGAUUGAUGUUCAAGUGGUUCGGCGAGGUCGGAUACGCGGCUGACGUGCAGGCGGCAAGGGCGAGAAACCCGAACAUGAAGGAUUUCACUACAUGGCUGAAGGAGGAGAGUGAGUUCAAGACUCUUUGAGGUUGAAUUUGACGACUGAGCGAUGUUUUGUGUUUGCGGAGUUUAAUAUCCACCAUAGAUUUCUGUACUUAAUCAAUGGCACUACAAUGUUUUACAGAAAAG